AUGGCCGGCAAGAUCAUCGACCCGACCAAGACGGGGAACUAUCCCGUCGUCCUGAGCGAUAGGCUCCUAGGCAAGGAGGCUACCGAGAUCUUUACCGGAGUUCGAUACAACCACAAGCCUGAUCCGUCUUCUGACCGGACCGCUCGCCUCAAACCCUCGACCCCGGGACAGACAAGCUCGUACGACAUGUCCUUUACGGGAGCCGACGGACGAUCGACCGAGUACGCCUUUGCCGGCACCCGAACGAUCGGCGACGGCCAGUACGUCCUGUACUUCGACCCCGGCCGCGACGUCUUCGUCCUCGACCGUCUCGACUCCACCUUCCACAUGAACCUCACGCGCACCCCCACCAACAGCGACCCGGAGAGUCUGGCCAAGAAGCACCCCCACAUCGACAGCAGCAUAUCCAUCAAACCCACCAAGUCCGUCGGAGCCGGAGGAGGUAGCGGUGGUGGUGGCGCGGCAGCAUCGGCACCGGCAAACAGCAGCGGCACCAAGGCCAAGGCUGCCGACAGCACAAAGAAGACCACCACCGCCGCCCCCGCUCGUAAGCAGACUGCCGCCGCCGCCGACAAGAAGAAGAAGUCGACGGCGAAUGUGAGCCUCGCCCUGCCGCAGGAAGACAAGUCCAAGCCAGCCAAGCCCAAGUCCAAGCCUCAGCCCAAGCCCAAGAGCGGCAGCAAUGGCAAGUCCCGCCCCGUCGACGAGGAGGACGAGGAAGACGAGGCAGACGACCUCCUGCUGGUAGAGUACCCGGACGGCGGACCCAAGUCGCAGAACCGCGACUUCUCACCCGCCUUCCCCUCCGUGCGCCGCUUCGACGAGUUCAUGGACCAGCGCGAGUCCGAGGCGGACGAUGCGGAUGGCGAGAGCGCAGAGGAACCCGAUGCGAGUUUCAGGCUCCCCAGCCCUGUCAAUCAGAGCAAUCGACAGCAGUCUGAUGAGGAAGAUGACGAUGACAAUGACGACGACGACGACGACGGCGACGAUGACGACAAUGACGAUGAGGGCUCGUAUGGCCAGCAGCAGCAGCAGCAGCAGCAGCAGCAGAGGCCGGAGCCGGAACCUGCCAGUCCCAAUUUGGAGGAUGAUUUGGAAAAGGAUCUCGAAGAGGCCUUUGAGGCUGUGGAGAUGAGUAAUACCGGUACGCCGGCUGGUGGUGAUGGUGAUGAGAGUGAGAUUUCUGAGGAGGAUUGA